CACCAACGACUGGUAGUAGACUGCCCCGUUGAAGUUUUCAGACGGCGAGGCAAUGCAGGUAUCAAGGAAAAUAUCCAGAUAUCUUUCACUGCUGCUCCUCAGGUCUACCUGGAUGUAGAGGUCCUGGUUGAGGGAAACCUUAAGUUGCUGCUGGUGUAGAAGUCCAUGGAGGUGUUGAAUGUUCCCGUGCCCGUGAUGCUGGUGUUGUCGUGAUUCUGCGCCAGGUUGUCCGCCAUCACCCUCUGGCGGAUGUGCCGUCUACCUUUCGACUGGUGCCACAUCUAUUGACGUGGAAACCGAAGACCACCUCUUUUGCAAAAACUUGGGGUCUGCAGUUCUGGUCAUUGAGGUGUCCGGAGAAUGUUUGUGCUGAGUCGUCAAGAUGAGCCCAUGACUGGUUGCAGCUCAAUCACGGUACAAAACAACUUUUCACACUCGCAUUCACAACGAUGAUCAAUUUCAAGUCUCCGGUGAAGCGUAUGUGCAAGUACCCGGACGAGUCGUGAGUCAAACCCAGAACUUCGGCUGGCCGGCCGCCCAUUCCCGUCAUAGGACUGCUAAAGAACAGCAAACACCAGCCGAAUACGUUGCGAGUCAACAUUUAUUUGGUACUUUUCCAUUUGCUUCCUCCUCCUCUGUGGUUCAUGUUUGUUUUCAAGAGAACCAUUCCCUCGUGACGAGGGAACAUCUGUGCAACAUUUGGCUGAAUGGAGCCUCUUCCCUCCCCAUUGUGGCCUUUCAGACCCCCUUUUCAGGAUGCUCUUACAUCAUCAAGACAACAGUCCGACGGGCCGAGCAGCUGCAGCUUCAUUCGCCGGCGGCCUGCGACACGAGUGAAAAUGCAAAGUCUCCGCCCCACUCUCUUGGUCCUGCUGCUGUGGUGCUGCCUUCUCGGGGGUCGAGCCAACCGCGUCUACAUCCACCCCUUCAACCUCUUCGCCGCCGACAACGUCAGCUGCGAGACGCUGCAGACCCAACCGACAGAGUCCCUGCAUACACUUCCCGUGGAGCCCCUGGACAUGGAGGUCCUGACGCCCGACGCCCGGGAUCCGUCGGAGCAGGAUGCACAGAAGCAGAACGUCACGCAGAGGACAGUGGUGCUGGCCGAGCUGCUCAACUCGUUGGGCUUGAGGAUGUACCAGGCACUAAGCAGGAAGCAGCCGGGCACUAACACGCUGCUGUCACCCGUUAACACCUACGGGUCCCUGGCCACCUUCUACCUGGGGGCCUCCAAGAAGACGGCUAGUUCUUACCAGCUUCUCCUGGGCCUGAGCAGCGGCACCGACCGAGACGACUGCGUGUCCCUGGUGGACGGACACAAGGUCUUGAAGACCCUGCACAGCAUCAACUCCCUGGUGGACGAUGGACCCAAGGACGAGAUCAGAACACAAAUGUGGCUCUUCACCCACCCGCACGUUCACCUGUCGGCUGAUGUCGUCCAAGGCACUCGGGACUUCUCGGACUCGUCCUUCAUCCGUGGCGUGGACUUCUCCCAGCCCGAGCUGUUGAACACUUUUGUGGACAAGACGUCCGAUGGAAAAGUAAAGGACGCCUUCAGAGAUGUGGAUGUCAACUCCAACCUCCUCUUUUUUUCUUUCUUCAACUUCCAAGGCAACUGGAAGACAGCCUUCCAACCAGACAAGACGGCCUUGCAAGAGUUUUAUGUGAACGAAAGCACAACAGUGAUGACUCCUAUGAUGACCCGCACAGCCCUGUACAGCUACUUCAAUGAUAUGGACAGGAAUUGCACGGUGGUGAAGCUGUCUUUAAGUAAGCGCUCCUACAUGUUGCUGGUGUUGCCACAAGAGGGCGCCAGCCUACACGACAUUGAAGCCAAACUACUCACUGAAGUCAUGUCGUCAUGGAGCCACAGCCUCCAGGAGGGAUUGCUGGAGCUGUCGCUGCCAAAGUUCUCGCUGUCUUCUGCGAACGACCUGCAUGAGCUUUUACACAACAUAAAAGUGGAGGCCGAACUGCUUGGCUCGCAGGCACAAUUCAGCCAACUGGCCAACACCAAACAGUUCACCAUUGAUAAGGCGGUGAACAAGGUGUCAUUGGAGAUGUUGGAGGAAGACACGGUGUCCCAGGACAAGGCGGAGGAGGCUGGCGUCGCCGUCAAGGUGGCGCUCAAUCGGCCCUUCUUCUUCUCGGUGGUGGAGCGAGAGUCCAACGCCAUCCUCAUGUUGGGCAAAAUCAUCAACCCCACACUGUAAAAGUACCAAACUUGCUACAUCAGCAGCUGUCAAAAAUGUGACUUUGAAAAGUGAAAAUGUAACUUUUACCCCUCACUUUUCAUCUCAUCUCUUAAUCUUUGUCUUAUAACAGCAAAUUGCUGUACAGUAUUUUGCAGUAGAGUUGUUCGUCUUGUAUAUUCUAACUAAAGACUUUAUUUUUGUUUGAUGGAUGAAUAAAAUGUUUGCUCCUUAAGUAUUAA